AUGGAUCAUCCGAGUGGUUCUUGUAGCUGUUCUUCGAAAUUACCCACUCUUCGCUGUUUGUCACGUCAUCUUGUUCACUGGAAAUAUUUGGUAGCUACCUUAUCACUUUCCUUCAUUUUGUCGACUUCCAUCUGUUGUAUUGUCUUUUUUCAUGUACCCGACCUUAGCAACCCUUUUGUUGAUUUUGAAUAUUGCCUGCAGGAAACCGCUAGUGAAAUGACCAGACCAGUUAACAGUUUAUGGACUAUAUAUGCUAAAUAUAGUCGGAUAGUUUUCUCUAUAAAUUACGAUCAAAUUAUCAAAAUACCUCAUAAAUCUUUAUUCAUGCAAACCUUAAUCAAUUCAAAGAGGAAUUUGACAUAUUUUAGUGAACCAUCAUUGUUGUAUAUUAUUUUAUCUGAUCUGUGUAAAUUACAGUUGAGAAUUACUCACUUAUCUACAUAUCAAAAAUUAUGUUAUAGGAAAUCAUCUAAGUUACACAAUAAUACACAUUUAUUUACUGUAAAUAAUAAAAUUACUAUUGACAAAACUGAGCACAAUAACUGUUGUUCAAUUUGGUGUUUGCCAAACAUGAUUGCAUCAAUUUUCAAUAAACAGUCUUGUAAACAGCUGGAAUAUAUUGAUGCUAAACAAACUGCUGAGUUGAUUUCUACUUGUUAUCCAGCUUUUCUUUCUGGUCACUUACGUCGUUCAUGUUGGGAUAAUUAUGGUACUGAUCCUAGUUUAUAUGUCCUUUGGUAUAUCCAUCACAAUGUUUAUAUUCACCUUAUUGCCGAUAAUUUUGGCUGUUCUCUUACCAAAUGA